AGUAAACAAAAAUAUUUCUAUUGGGGAAUUUCUCCGGUGUGAAAGAUAAGGUUAUAGACCUCAUCCCAAUUGUUUUUUAAUCGUAAAUGCAGCUAUCUCAUCUUUGAAAUCAACUUAGAAAAGAUAAUUUGGAGACUUUUGCGCAACCGCUCUGAGAGAUGGGGUAGUAGAGUAGGACGGAUAGUGAGUGGGGAGGAAUGGUACUCGCGACCCAUUGUGUUAUCAGAGUCUAAGCGGUAAGCAGUGAUUGUUAAAGCCAAGCGAAUAGUCGCUUAUCCGUGGUCUCCAUGUGCGCCAAACUCAAAUCCGACGCCGCAGUGGCCUUUCGACGUCCCGACGCCCGUCUUGUGCUCUCUCAGUGACUUGUGCGCUCGAAGCUUUCGGUUGGUUAAUCCUGGACUAAGUGCAGUGCGGCGACUAAGUUGUCGAAGUUCAGGACUUAAAGUGAUUUUAGGAUGUGUUUGGGUGAUGCUCAACGCGGCACCACUCGCCUCUGACCUACUGGAUGCACCCUAAUGUGUAUAAGAAACAUCAUAAACCGCAAUAUUUGAUAUUGGUACUUCUUUGCGUUAUGAUUUUAUGUCAGCCAGUCUUCUCCGCACCAAACCUAUGUAAUGUUGGUGUGAGAAAAACUAAGAUUUUUUCACAAUUCACGAAAGGGUAUCUUCGAAUAGAGGCAAACAAAGUUGUGGCGAAGGAAACAGAGGAUUAUCCGAGUGAUCUUGAAUAUUUAUACAAGGUGACAGUAGAACAUUCCAUUUUGUUGUAUCAUAUAAAGAGCGGAAAAUUUAUUUGUUGGAACCGCAACUACAAGAACCUUAUUGCUAAGAGGAAUCCACCAUCAUUAGAUUCCUGCAAAUUUCAAGAGCAAGUUUCGCCUUUGCAUCCAAAAGCAAACGUAUACUAUUUGACAAUCCACAAAAAUAAGGAAAGAGUGAUACGAUUUAACAGAAAAGGUGGAUUUGCAAAGUGUCAUCGUUGUUGUGAUCAGAGGUCAAAAAAGGACCACCACAGGUCACAAAUAAAUGGGACAACUUCGAUUUCAGAUAAAUUAUCAUGCGAGAUGUGUUGUAAUAAACUUUCAAGUGCCGACUUUCUACCGAAGGAUGAGUGUGAUAGUUCUUUCUUGUCGGACUUUUGCAGGAAAAUGAAACGCGUGAAAAUCAGAGGCCAUAGUAUAACUCCUGAAAUAGUGGACGUGUGUAAAUAUGAAUGGAAUAAGAGCCAAUGACUGCGUCGAUAAUUCAGUACAGUGUGUCAGUAUUUUAUAGUAUCUAUGAAGUAUGUGAAAUUGUACAAAGCUUCCGUCUAAAUCGCCGAUUUUGCCGAUUUUGCCGAUUUUACUCUACUCUACUACCAACGGACGUUCGCUUUGUAUAAAUGUAUUGUAUGCGAUGUACAAACUUAUUGUACACCCAUAUUCAUAAAUACUAUAUGAAAAACCCGGUUUCACACAUAAGUUGUAUAGGUAUUGUAAUUUAUUUUUUAUUUUUGCUUCGUGUAUUAAUUUCAACGUGUCUUUGUAAAGUUUGUAUGUAAAUUAUUAAUCGAGUUUUUGACUAUGAAUGUGAGUGUACAGUCUUAUUUUAACCCCUAUGGGGUCUUAUUUAAUUCAUCUUAUAUAACUUUUGUACAUUAUUAUUUAUUUUUUUGAAUAAGUGUCGAGGCACCCAUAUUUUACUAAACGUUUUUAUCUCAUUUAAUCGGUGCCUGAAUUGCGCUAUCCCAUGUUUUAAUGGUCCGUUGGGCAAUCUAUCGCAAAAUACCAAAUAAUGAAUGAGGCUUUGAUAAAAUGAUAUAUAAUAUAGAAAUUUUUAUAUAUUAUGUGUUAUUCGUUGUUAUUUGCUAUUAUGUCAGCCUCAUAUUGUUAUAAGAUCUGUGCCAUGUAGAGGCAGUGUCCUUAAUAUUACAUUCCAAAUCAUACAUAAUUAUUACGCAUUUACAACAAAUACAUAAUUUAAAAUA